AUGGCGGCUCCUGCGAUUCCCCCGCCGCCGGGAGCCCCCCCGGGCGUUCCUGGGGGAGCCCCGGGGCCAGGGGGGGCGGCGGCGGCCGGAGGAGGAGGAGGAGGCGCGAAAAGCGGGGAAGAGAGGAUAUGGUUUGAGCAGGAGGUGCUGGGAGCUCCAGUCUCGUUGCCUCCAGUUGCCCCUGUGGUGGAAGCUGUUCCUGUUGCCCUGGCGGUGCCAGCUGUAUCGGCAGUGCCCCCGGUUCCUGUUAUCCGACCUAUCAUAGCUACUAACACCUACCAGCAGGUUCAGCAGAGUCUGGAAGCCCGAGCAGCUGCAGCAGCCACUGUAGUGACCCCUAUUGUGGCUCCUCCAGUUCCAUUUGUAGGCCCAGCUGUCCCUCCACAGCGACCUCCCAUCCUCCGACCCACCUUUGUGCCUCACGUCCUACAGAGAUCCGGUGGUCCUCGCCCUUUGUCGAUGCGUCCUCCUCAUCACCAGGCCAUGGUGGGGCCCCCCAUGCCAGGUCCCCAAGGCCCACCGAUGCUUAUGGGGCCACCCAUGCAGAGAGCACCUGGCCCACCCCUGGGAGGCAUAGGCCCCAUGAGACCUGGUCCUCCGGUUGGGCCAGGGAUUCCCGUUGGCCCGUUGGCUCCCCUGGUGCCUGUCCCUCGACCUGUGGUGGCCCCUCCAAAGGUGAACCCGACAGUCAUCCAGGCAGCCCCAACAGUAUAUUCUGCUCCGCCGGUGAAGAAGCAAGAGGAGGAGCACAGGGAGCCCCCACCACCAGUUGUAGAGGAGAAAGAGCCAUCUGGCCCCGAAGAACCAGUGAUUGGUCCAAGUAUGCCAGACGUGGAACCCGUUCCCUUGGUAGAUCCACGGGGACUUCCGUCACUGCGCGGCCAUGACCUGGGAUCUGCACGAGGGAAGCGUCCCCGGGGCACAGAUGCUGGAUUUGUACCUGUUGAGCCUGUAGCCGAGAGUGUCCCCGAGGACAAAAAGAAGACCAAACAGGAGAAGCUGAAGCGCUGCAUUCGAACAGCUGCCGGGACCUGUUGGGAAGAUCCAAGCCUGCUUGAAUGGGAUCCUGAUGAUUUCCGGAUCUUCUGCGGGGAUCUGGGGAACGAGGUGAAUGAUGACAUCCUUGCACGUGCCUUCAGCCGCUACCCGUCCUUUCUGAAGGCUAAGGUGAUCCGGGACAAGCGCACUGGCAAGACGAAAGGCUAUGGCUUCGUCAGCUUCAAAGACCCGAAUGACUAUGUCCGAGCCAUGCGGGAAAUGAAUGGAAAAUAUGUAGGCAGCCGACCCAUCAAACUGCGCAAAAGCAUGUGGAAGGACCGCAACAUUGACAUUGUGCGCAAGAAGCAAAAGGAGAAGAAGAAGCUGGGACUGAGGUAGCCGACUGAAGGUGACAGAAUCUGCCGUUUUGCCCCAAACCCCAGUAAGUGGGUACUGCGGUAUAUUCUCAGUCCUGCCCUUCUCCUGGGGAAGAUGGAGAUCAUAGAAGCUCUUUGCUAGCCGGAGGUCAGAGGUGCUCUGUAGCUACUGUCAUAGCCAUCCCAUCAGAGGCGUUGUGUGUUCCAAAGACAUGUACCUGCUCACGUCUCUUCCCCAAGAACUCCUACAGACUAAGAGUGGCUCUCCAGGCUUUCUAUGAAGCAAACACAACCCGUAGUCCCUGCUUGGGAUAGUUUCUGGAUAAUAACAGCCUUCUUGUGUAGAAAUGUUCUAAGACAAUAAAUUUGUGUGUAACUUUUGGUUUCUUACCAUGA